AUGGCCAAAUUACUGGUUGAAGCCAAAGCCGAUGUCAGACACCCCGACUGUCGAGGAUGGACUCCGUUGCACUGGGCCGCCGUCCAUGGACAUGACGACUGUGUGAGGCUCCUGGCUGCCACUAUAAGCCACUCGGAUGAGGUUACCAUUGGAGGAGUGGAAACUGAUGACCAUAAUGGAGGAGUCGACACCCAGGAUGUGGAGGGUCAGACCGCCUUGCACUGGGCGGCUCGACAAGGCAAGCUGAGCACGGUGAUGAUACUGGUACGGGAGUUUGGAUGCCGUCUUGACAUGAGAGACCUUUGGGGUCAGACGCCGGUAGAAGCUGUCGAGCGUCAGUUGAAGGCCAUUGAGUGGCUACACGCAGCCUCUUGCGUUGAUCGUCAGCUUUGGAGGCUGGCCAAGAAGAGCGACAUAGUUGGUAUGAGGCAGCUGAUUGCAGCUGGUGUUGUUGAUGAUGACGAAGGUCGGGACUUCAUCACUCAAGAGCCGAAUAGACUCGACGCUGAUGCUAUUGAGUAUGGUGCCGACAACCACACACAUUGGAUGAGACUAUUGAAGUCGACCUUGGAUGGAUCAAUGGAUGCCGUGAAGUUACUUCUUGCGAGAGGUGAUGUGAAAUACAUCAGCAGGAGGUCCCCCCCUGAGGUCUCCACAGGCGCUGAUCCUCGACUCGCCGUGGAUCUGCUCUAUUUGGAUGAUGAGCAGCAGCAGCAACAGUCAGAGGAGGAGCUGACGGGUAUGGCCAAGAAGGAGGCACUACUGAAGAUCCGUACGGAACUGCUCAACCUAGUCGAGGCCACGAAGAGGUUAAGGAGGAGGAGGAAGGAGGCUUGGCAGAUCCGAGAUUGCUUGGAGGCUGGUGUCUGCCCUGACACAUUAGACGAUGAUCUCGAGAGGGGGAAGAUGUCGGCGUUAAUGUGGGCCUCCCUCAGGGGCCUCACUAUACUUGCUGGUAUAUUAUUAGAGGCCGGGGCCGACGUGCAUGUUCGACAGCGGCUGGGCGGCUGGACGCCGCUGCAUUUUGCAGCAGCUUCAGGGCACUCCGAAAUCUGCGCUAUGCUCAUCAGGGCCGGAGGGGUGGUCGAUCAGGAAUCCUUCAGGGGUGACACGCUUCUGUCACUCGCCAUAAAAUCUAAUGUCCGAUCGACAGUAGAGGUGGCCAUUGACACAUUGGAAGCCUCCAACGAGGGUUCCCUCAUCACGGCUCAUGUCGAUCCCUCGAAGGGGCAGACGGCCCUCCUUUAUGCAGCUGACUGUGGAGCGACUCAAUCGUGUUUGGCGAUCCUCAACAGGAAGGUGUUCGCGGCGGGUGUAAAAGGUCGAACUGCAUCGGAUAUCGCGAGACAAGGCGGCUAUCUUGAGCUGAGUCAAAGUCUGUUACCUGCCGCUCGGAAUAAGAGGAAGAAGAGUAUGAGGAGAGUAGAGAUGAUGCUUACGGACACGCCUACAACAAAAGGCCAUUGGGGAAGCGAGAAGAAGAAGUCGGGCCCCCUAGGGGUGAGACUUGAGAAUCUACCACUUAAUAUGGAUGAAGAACGGCUCAUUGAUUGGUUGAUGGACACAAACGGUAUCAUCGGAAUCACCGAAUGUCGAGUCCUCGUGUGCCCUAUCACUAUGAAGCCUCGCGGUUAUGGGUUUGUCAGAGUUGAGGACAUUAGUGGAGUUGCCAAGUUGAUGGACCUGCAAGGCACAUCAUUUGGUGACAAUAAGAAGCUUCGAAUCGUUCAAGAUGUUGGAAUACUCUCCGGCACUUCUACGUGGACGAUUGACGACUUGCCUAAAAUGGUGGACCUUGAUUGA